UCUUGCCUCUCCUACAUCAUGUUAACCCGGCGACUUCAGACUAAAACAUAUGCCUGCGUGUCGUUUCAGCGUGUAAGGCAACGGCAGGUGACUCGCGUCGGAUACUCGCCUCCUCUUUCGUUGUCAUUGCGAGUUUUGAAUAGAUAAACUAAAAAAAAGCACAAGUUGUCCCCGUGACUGUUAGCUAACGGAACUAGCAUAACAGCUACACAACUGCACACCGUAUGGUAAAAGUCACGUCUGUGCGGUAGCUGUCUGGUUGUAACGCUGUCUGGUUGUAACGCUGUCUGGUUGUAACGCUGUCUGUCGGCUUUUAUCUCCUUUUCCUGCGGUCACCACUCAAACACCUGCAGGAACCACCAAUGAGAAGACUGGAGGAGUUUGACACUCUUGACCAGCUUCUCCUGGAUUUAGUGCCGGUGUGGACAUGAGACUGUACAGUGUGGUACUGGCUGGCUGUAUGAGCUGCACGAGGAUGACCUAUCUGUCGUUUUGUGGGAAGUUUUCUCCGAAGUGCCCUUUCACUUCCGUCAGGGCUUUUUCCUCAAGACUUGGCCGUACUCGAACUCUCAUUUGCCGGACUCCUUCGUGGCCGCAAUGCCCACUCAAACACACUGUGCCUUUGGGAAAUAGCAAUCUGGCUUUGCACUGCAGGAACUUCAGGGACAUUUGCUCAAUGCGACAACCCAGAAAACAUCUGUCUGUUGCAGUGAGGAAGGAGAACAUGUUGCUUGGAGGUGCAGCUUGGUCUGUGUCCUCGAUCCGCAGCAGAGUGACAGAUGCCAUCAUUUCUAGUGGGCCUCCAGCUUUUGUAGUGAUGAAGUUUGAUCACGAGGGAAAUGUGUCAUCGUAUGAGAAGAAGAAAACAGAACUUUGCCAGGAGUUAAGUCUGCAGGCCAGAGACCUUCGCUUCCAGCACACCACCAGCCUCACUGCAAGAAACAACUGCAUUAUCUUACGGAUGGCGUCUUUGAAAGCCAUCAUAACCCCACAAUCGCUUCUGGUGUUGGACUUUCGUGGUCUGGGAUUGGAACGCUGGCUGGUGCUGGAGCUUGCCCCUCAGCUUGCAUCGCAGACGCAUUCUCUGCCCUUUGAGUUCAGAGCACUGGAGGCCAUACUGCAGCACAAGGUCAACACUCUUCAAACUAGGCUGAAUGAAGUCGAGCCAGUUAUUCUGGAUGUGUUGGAAUCCUUAGUAGAUCCUAAAAUCCUUUCUGCGUAUCGAGGUAACCUACAUGUACUUCUGCAAUACGGCAAAAGUUUAUCAGAGUUGGAAACAGACAUUAGGGUUUUCAAGGACUCCUUGCUGAAGAUUUUGGAUGAGGAUGAGAUCAUUGAAGAGCUUUGUCUGACCAAGUGGACAGACCCAAGAGUUUUUGAGGAGAGCAGUUUGGACAUUGACCAUGCUGAGGAGAUGGAACUGUUACUGGAGAAUUACUAUAUGCAGACUGAGGAGCUUGGAAACAAGGCCAGAGAGUUGAAAGGACUGAUAGACGACUCUGAAAGCGUCAUCUUUAUCAAUCUGGACAGCCAUCGCAAUGUGAUGAUGCGUCUGAAUCUGCAGCUGACCAUGGGUUCCUUCUCCCUCACUUUGUUCGGUCUGAUCGGAGUAGCAUUUGGAAUGAAUUUGACGUCAAACCUUGAAGAGGACCCUCGUGUUUUCUGGCUGAUAACGGGCAUGAUGUUCUUGGGCAGCGGGCUGAUGUGGAGACGUUUGCUGUCAUUUCUGGGACGACGUCUAGAGCCUUCACUAAAUCCUCCAAUUUGGAAGAGAGCUCUGAGACCAUCAGAUGUCAGAACAGGAGUCAGAUGAUGUUCUACCUUGGCUCUGUAAGAUGUCACAGACCACAAACAGACUUGAAGCUUUAAAGACAAUCGUUUUAUGACCACAAGUUGCAACUACAAGAACAACCAAGACUACAUCGAUAAGUCUGGAGAUUUCACUUGUUAUAUUUCUCCUCACACAUGUUGAAGUCUCUUCAGAUCCUUCAAUGCCUUCAUAUUUAAAUAUCUGUCUUUCAUUUCUGGUUAUAUCAGUGUAUGAGUCAAUGAGAAGCAAUACUAAACCUGAUAACCAAACUAACUCUCUAAAAUGAGAGCCAUAUGUGUGUUAAGGUUGUUGUUAUGGUUAAUAAAGAAAUAUUAACGGUAAUCUUUGUAUUAAGUUGAGUAGAAGCUGUGUAAAAUACAACAAGGACUUUUCUAAAUAGUAGCAAAGUCACAUGUGUCAGUAAUGUUCACAAUAUGAUUUUUUUGCCAUCAUAUGAUAUAAGACAUAAUUAUUAAUAUAUUAAAGCCAUAUGCAUAAGACCAUUGAAAUAUUUUAUGUAUCAAUUAUUAAAAAAAGAAUCAGCUGAAAAUCAUUUACCAGAUACAGGUACUCCGUUAUCUAAUAACAGUCUUGGAAAAAGCAAGUGCAACCUCAUGGCACUGUGUUGUCAUUCUGUGCUAUGUGAGUAAUUCAGAACAGGGGUGUCAAACUCAAAAUGACCUAAGGCCAAUGUGCCAAUGUUGUCAUUAUAAGAUGAUAUUAAGUGAUGGGGCUGCAUGUAACCAAUUGGGGGGGGCAGGAUGUGGUCCGCGGGCCACCAGUUUGACACCUCUGCUUUAGACCUUAUACUGGUGAUUCCGCAAAGGGUCACAGGAUAAAUCUCUAGAGUCAUGAGAAUCAUAGGAAGAGCAGAUGAAAAAAUAUGUUUUCUACAAAUAAUGUUUAUUUGUCUAAUUAUCUGAAAUGUUUUCCUCUUCAUGUGUGAUCAUGGAUAAAAUCUUCCCAGGCCUCUCAAAUAAGCCUGUGGUUUAACUGGUCAAAGGUAAGAUAAAGCUUCCUCUUCAGGGAUCAGUAUUAGUGUUAAAAACCAGUGCUUAAUUUGUUAAUUUUCAAAGGUUUGCUAUUAUAUGAAGUGCCAAUUAAAAUUAUUGUUCUUUGAA